AAAAAUUCAAACAGAAACCAUCCAAAAAUCGGUGACUGGAUACUGGAUCCAGAAGGAAAAGAAAAAAGUUUGCGGUCUAUGGUUCUACAUUACUACUGUAAUUUAAUGAAUUUAAAUGAAUUUGCUGGGACAAGCAAGGGUGUGAGCAGCAUCGGUUUAGAUGUUAAUAAUUGCGUGGAUUCAAAGUUAAGAUCUUCUAUUGAAGCGAUCACAUCGUGGUAUAUUAUUGGUGCAAUUAAAAAUAUUUUAAUAUCUCAAAAUCCAAAACUUUUAGACACAUAUAAAACUGAAAUGGAACACUUGUUGUGUUUAACCCAUAUGGAACUGAAUGGUAUAGGUGUUAGCCUUCCUAUACUUCAACAUCUUGUUGACUCUUUAAAAAUGCAAUGUUUAGCUCUAGAACGGCAAGCGUUUAGUUUAACUGGUAGACGAUUUUCGUUCACAUCAUCCAAAGAGGUGGGGAAAGUUUUGGGUUUAUACAAAGGAAAUAAAGUUAGUACGAGUAAGGAAGUGCUUGAAAAGAUUGAUAAUCCUAUAGCCAAAAUCAUAAUUCAGUGGAGAAAGUUGAACAGCACUCUCAACAGAAUGUUGUAUCCGUUGAUAAGAAUGGUACAAAACGAUCGCAUUCAUGGUACUUGUAUAACUCACAGCGCCACCGGAAGAAUUUCAAUGCAUGAACCUAAUUUACAAAAUAUACCGAGGAAUUUUGAAAUAGUGAACCCCAUUUCAAACGAAGAAUUGUUGAUUAGUUGCAGAGACGCAUUCGUAGCUCCCAAGGGAUGUCUGUUACUCUCUGCUGAUUACUGUCAAUUAGAACUUAGAUUAUUGGCUCACCUUUCAGGAGACAAAACACUUUGUUCUAUAAUGAGGACCAACGAAGAUGUUUUCAAAUCAAUAGCAGCUAAAUCUAAUAAUAUCAACGAAUCAGAAGUAACGGAUACCCUUCGUCAGAGGGCGAAACAAAUUUGUUACGGUAUAAUUUAUGGUAUGGGAAUAAAAGCCCUAGCAGAACAGCUAUCUGUUAAUGAGGAAGAAGCAUUGGAAUUUGUCGAAACGUUUCACUCGAAAUAUCCAGGUAUCAAGAAGUUCAUAAACGAAGUCAUAUCUAAAUGUAAAGAACUGGGUUACGUUGAAACGUUGGCAGGUCGCAAAAGAUUUUUGCCAAACAUAAAAAAUGAAAAUGUUACAGAUAGAAGCCAAGCGGAAAGGCAGAGCGUUAAUACUACAAUACAAGGAUCAGCCGCUGAUAUCGCAAAAAAAGCUGUCAUAUUAAUAACCUGUAAUUUUAAAAGAAAAUUUAAGUCACAAUGUCCUAAGUUAGUAUUACAAUUGCAUGAUGAAUUUUUGUUUGAAGUACACGAAAAUAACUUAAAACAAAGUGCCCAAAUUUUAAAAAAAUCAAUGGAAAACGCUGUUAGUCUUCCUAUACCAUUUCCAAUAAAACUGAAAUAUGGCCAUUCUUGGGGCAAAAUGAACGAAAUGAUACUGUAAUUUAUAAAUAGUCGACAAUUGUGACUUUUUAAUAACUUUACACACUUAUUUUAUCAUCUUAAAUUAUUCAAGUAAUUUUACAACAACAAUACUGUGAUCUUUAUGUUAUGAUUUGUUGUUUAUCCGAUUUAUAAAUCUUGUGAUUUAUAAUAAGUGAUGCCACAAUUUUAUCAUUCAUCAUCACGAAAAUAACUUAAAACAAAGUGCCCAAAUUUUAAAAAAAUCAAUGGAAAACGCUGUUAGUCUUCCUAUACCAUUUCCAAUAAAACUGAAAUAUGGCCA